CGCUUGGGCCGGCCGCCCGCCCGCCCGCCGUGUUUGUGGAGCCACGUUGCCACUUUGCAGCCGAGAGCCAUCAGAGCAGCAGCAGAGCAGCGAAGGGGCGACGAUGUCUUCCCCACCCACCGACAAGGUGGAAACCAAAGCGGGACACCUGCCUGCCGUCAAGGCAGGAGGUAUGCGCAUUGUGAAGAAACAUCAGGGCUCUACAACCCCGGCUCCUGCUGAGAAAGAUAAAGAGAGUGAAGAAUGGGAAAGUAACAGCCCAAAACCAACUGUACCGAUAAUUAUCUCUGGAGCUUUAGCAAGGGGGGAUAAAGACUUCCCUCCAGCAGCCGCACAAGUUGCCCACCAGAAGCCUUAUCCAUCAGUGGAGAAAAUGCCUGUUUCACAUCAGAUCAAUCAUUCCAUCCACCAACCUCGCAAGUGAAGAGCCCAACCCUUGAAAUGAAUGUACAAAUGUUGGCGCAGAUCAUUAACCCUAUGGGGUUAUCAAACCAUUAAUUGGAUUCCUAAUGUCGAAGAUAUUUGAAGCAAUUUAUUUUUCUCUUUAGAAACAGAUUUAUGGUUUUAAAUUUUAUAAACCUUGUCAAAACAUGUUUGGAAAUUAAUUAGCCAUUUUUUAAUUAAAUCGGUACCUGGGA